GCUGACGCCCGCUGUUCCGCAGUGCCCGCGGCGCUGACGCUGGACCCCGGCACGGCCCACCAGCGCCUCAUCCUCUCUGACGACUGCACCAUCGUGGCCUACGGCAACCUGCACCCGCAGCCGCUGCAGGACUCGCCACGCCGCUUCGACGUGGAGGUGUCAGUGCUGGGCACGCAGGCGUUCGGCGGUGGCGUGCACUACUGGGAGGUGGUGGUGUCUGAGAAGACGCAGUGGAUGAUCGGGUUGGCGCACGAGGCCGUCACCCGCAAGGGCAGCAUCCAGAUCCAGCCCAGCCGCGGCUUCUACUGCAUCGUCAUGCACGACGGGAACCAGUACAGCGCCUGCACCGAGCCCUGGACGCGGCUCAACGUCAAGAGCAAGCUGGAGAAGGUGGGCGUCUUCCUGGACUAUGACAAGGGGCUGCUCAUCUUCUACAACGCCGACGACAUGUCCUGGCUCUACACCUUCCGGGAGAAAUUCCCCGGGAAGCUCUGCUCCUACUUCAGCCCCGGGCAGAGCCACGCCAACGGGAAGAACGUCCAACCGCUGCGCAUCAACACCGUCCGCAUCUAGCGGGACCCCGCGGGGUGGCGGCGGGACGGGGCCGCGCUGAUGCCCGCGGGGCGCAGCCGACUUUGGGUACCGGGCACGGCACGGCUGGUGUCCCCGUCCUGUGCUUCCACGCGGCCCCGCGGGUCCGGCCCUGCUCCGGCCGCUGCA